AGCAGAGGGGAAGGCGGGUCCUCGUCGGGGAGAUAGGUGAGGGGGGGAGGGGAGAGAGGAGAGCAGGAGCGGUGGAGUUGGUGCUGGGAAACCCGGGGCUGAUGUUGACAACAGGCGAGAGAUUGUCCUGGAUAACAUAAUGCCAGCUGAGCGUAAAAAGCCAGCAAAUAUGGAAGAAAAAGAAUCUUUAUUAAAUAACAAAGAAAAAGAGUGCAGUGAAAGGAGAUCAGUAAAUAGCAGGGAAAAAACAAAAGAUGAUGUCAAACUUACCACUAAGAGAGAUGUAGUUAAAGUGCCUGAGGAUAAGAAAAAAAAGUUGGAGGAAGACAAACGAAAAAAAGAGGACAAGGAGCGAAAGAAAAAAGAGGAAGAGAAGAUAAAAGCUGAGGAAGAAUUAAAGAGACGAGAAGAGGAAGAAAAGAAGAAGCUUGAAGAGGAAGAGAGAAAGAAGCAAGAAGAGCGGGAGAAACGUCAGCAAGAAGAAGCAGCUGCCCAACUGAAAGAGAAAGAAGAAUCCCAUCAACUACAUCAGGAAGCAUGGGAACGACAUCAAGCAAGGAAGGAACUCCGAAGCAAAAACCAAAAUGCACCAGACAACCGACCAGAGGAGAAUUUCUUUAGCAGAUUGGACUCAAGUUUGAAGAAAAAUACAGCUUUUGUCAAGAAAUUGAAAACUAUUACAGAGCAACAGAGAGACUCCUUGUCCCAUGAUUUUAAUGGCCUCAAUUUAAGCAAAUACAUUGCAGAAGCUGUUGCUUCUAUUGUGGAAGCUAAACUAAAAAUUUCUGAUGUGAACUGUGCUGUGCACUUGUGCUCUCUCUUUCACCAGCGCUAUGCUGACUUCGCCCCAUCUCUGCUUCAGGUUUGGAAAAAACAUUUUGAAGCAAGAAAAGAGGAGAAAACUCCUAACAUUACCAAACUAAGAACUGACUUGCGUUUCAUUGCAGAAUUGACCAUAGUGGGGAUUUUCACUGACAAAGAAGGUCUGUCCUUAAUCUAUGAACAACUGAAAAACAUUAUUAAUGCUGACCGUGAAUCCCACACUCAUGUGUCUGUGGUGAUUAGCUUUUGUCGGCAUUGUGGGGAUGAUAUUGCUGGAUUGGUACCAAGGAAAGUGAAAGGUGCUGCAGAGAAGUUUAAUUUGAGUUUUCCUCCUAGUGAAAUAAUCAGUCCAGAGAAGCAACAGCCUUUCCAGAACCUGUUAAAAGAAUACUUUACAUCUUUGACCAAACACCUGAAAAGGGACCACAGGGAGCUACAGAAUAUUGAGAGACAAAACAGACGUAUUCUACAUUCUAAAGGGGAGCUGAGUGAAGAUAGACAUAAGCAGUAUGAAGAAUUUGCUAUGUCUUAUCAGAAAUUACUGGCAAAUUCUCAGUCUUUAGCAGACCUUUUGGAUGAAAAUAUGCCUGAUCUUCCUCAGGACAAACCAACACCAGAGGAGCAUGGCCCUGGAAUUGAUAUCUUUACACCUGGUAAACCUGGAGAGUAUGACUUAGAAGGUGGUAUAUGGGAGGAUGAAGAUGCUCGAAAUUUUUAUGAGAACCUUAUUGAUUUGAAGGCUUUUGUUCCAGCCAUUUUGUUUAAAGAUAAUGAAAGAACAUAUCAGAGCAAAGACUCUAAUAAGGAAGAUUCCAAAGAGUCAAAGGAACCUAAGGAUAAUAAAGAUGUGUCAAAUACAGAUGAUUUGGAACUUGAGUUGGAGAACCUGGAAAUUAAUGAUGAUACUUUGGAAUUAGAGGGUGGUGAUGAAGCAGAAGACCUUACAAAGAAACUUCUUGAUGAACAAGAACAAGAAGAUGAGGAAGCCAGUACUGGGUCUCAUCUAAAGCUCAUAGUAGAUGCUUUCCUGCAACAGUUGCCGAAUUGUGUCAAUCGAGAUCUCAUAGACAAGGCAGCAAUGGAUUUUUGCAUGAAUAUGAACACAAAAGCAAAUAGAAGGAAACUGGUUCGAGCACUCUUCAUAGUUCCUAGACAAAGAUUGGAUUUAUUACCAUUUUAUGCAAGAUUGGUUGCUACAUUACAUCCUUGCAUGUCAGAUGUUGCGGAGGAUCUUUGUUCGAUGCUGAAGGGAGAUUUCAGAUUUCAUGUACGAAAAAAAGAUCAAAUCAAUAUUGAAACAAAAAACAAAACUGUUCGAUUUAUUGGAGAGCUUACCAAGUUCAAAAUGUUCACUAAAAAUGAUACUCUACAUUGUUUAAAGAUGCUUCUAUCAGACUUUUCCCACCACCAUAUUGAAAUGGCAUGUACCCUGUUGGAAACUUGUGGAAGGUUUCUUUUCAGAUCUCCAGAAUCUCAUCUGAGAACCAGUGUUCUUUUGGAACAAAUGAUGAGAAAGAAACAAGCAAUGCAUCUUGAUGCAAGAUAUGUCACAAUGGUUGAGAAUGCAUAUUAUUAUUGCAAUCCCCCUCCAGCAGAAAAAACAGUGAAGAAGAAGCGUCCGCCUCUCCAGGAAUAUAUCCGUAAGCUUCUUUACAAGGACCUCUCCAAAGUUACUACUGAGAAGGUACUAAGACAGAUGCGAAAGCUGCCCUGGCAAGAUCCAGAAGUGAAAGACUAUGUUAUUUGUUGUAUGAUAAACAUCUGGAAUGUGAAAUAUAAUAGUAUUCAUUGUGUAGCCAACCUCUUAGCAGGAUUAGUACUUUACCAGGAAGAUGUUGGAAUUCAUGUUGUGGAUGGAGUAUUAGAAGAUAUUCGACUAGGAAUGGAGGUAAACCAGCCUAAAUUUAACCAGAGACGGAUCAGCAGUGCCAAGUUCUUAGGGGAACUUUAUAAUUAUCGCAUGGUGGAAUCAGCAGUUAUUUUUAGAACUCUCUAUUCUUUUACAUCAUUUGGUGUUAAUUCUGAUGGUACUCCAAGUCCAUUGGAUCCUCCUGAACAUCUCUUCAGAAUUAGGCUAGUAUGCACUAUUCUGGAUACCUGUGGUCAGUACUUUGACAGAGGCUCCAGCAAACGAAAGCUUGAUUGUUUCCUCGUUUAUUUUCAGCGAUAUGUUUGGUGGAAGAAAAAUUUGGAGGUUUGGACAAAAGACCAUCCUUUUCCUAUUGACAUAGAUUAUAUGAUCAGUGAUACAUUAGAACUGUUGAGACCAAAGAUCAAACUUUGUAAUUCUCUGGAAGAGUCCAUCAGACAAGUACAAGACUUGGAACGAGAAUUCUUAAUAAAAUUAGGUCUUAUGAAUGACAAAGAUUCAAAAGAUUCCAUGACAGAAGGAGAAAACCUUGAAGAAGAUGAAGAGGAGGAAGAAGGAGGAGCUGAGACAGAAGAACAAUCUGGAAAUGAAAGUGAAGUAAAUGAACCUGAGGAAGAGGAGGGUUCUGACAAUGAUGAUGAUGAUGGAGAGGAAGAAGAGGAGGAGAAUACAGAUUACCUUACAGAUUCCAAUAAGGAAAAUGAAACUGAUGAAGAGAACACUGAGGUAAUGAUUAAAGGAGGUGGACUUAAACAUGUCCCAUGCGCAGAGGAUGAAGACUUCAUUCAGGCUCUAGAUAAAAUGAUGCUGGAAAAUCUUCAGCAACGAAGUGGUGAGUCUGUUAAAGUACACCAGCUAGAUGUCGCUAUUCCGCUGCACCUCAAAAGCCAACUAAGGAAGGGCCCACCGCUGGGUGGUGGGGAAGGAGAGACUGAGGCUGGCGACACGAUGCCAUUUGUCAUGUUAACUAGAAAAGGCAACAAGCAGCAGUUUAAGAUCCUUAAUGUACCAAUGUCUUCCCAACUUGCUGCAAAUCAUUGGAACCAACAACAGGCAGAGCAAGAGGAAAGAAUGAGAAUGAAAAAACUCACACUGGAUAUCAACGAACGUCAGGAACAAGAAGAUUAUCAAGAGAUGUUGCAGUCUCUUGCACAACGUCCAGCUCCAGCAAACACCAAUCGUGAGCGACGGCCCCGUUACCAGCAUCCUAAGGGAGCACCUAAUGCAGAUCUAAUCUUUAAGACUGGUGGGAGGAGACGUUGAUCCAGCAGCAAGUGUCAUUUCAUUAGGUCCUGUAUCUCUGAUGUUGUGGAUAGUGGAGUCCUCCAGCAGUUGAAUGAGAGCAGUGGACACAUCUCAGCAUGUCGGGCUAGAGAGUUGCGAAUCUAAACCUGGGGCAGGCUGGGGCCAUGAGGCAGAAACACCAGCCUCCACUAACACCGCAACAAGCUGAAGCUUCCAGUUAUGGCAUAAAAGGCCUUUUGUUAUGGGAACCACGCGAGGGUUAAUCUUCUCAUGAGAAUGGAGGUAAAGAAAUGAGAUGGUUAACUUUACUACUGAGCAGUUACACCAAGAACAACUGUCAAUGAGAUGGAUUGUGCCGGAGCAGAAAAGGUUUUGAUGGUAACAGUAUGGGGGAUAAAGAACUUGAGUUUUAAACUUGAUGUGAGUUACAUUGUCUCUGAAUUGAACAUCCUGUGUUGGAAGAAGAUACAUUUGGGGGCUCCAAGACUACAGUAGAAAAGUAUAGAGCAAAAGCAGUAAAAUCUUCUAGUCAAAUCUUACAUGCAGGACAACAAAAUGAUGAAAGAUAUCCAAACACCAGAUACUCCACCAGGAAGGCUUUCAUUUUAGAAUUUGUUUGAAGGAGCAAAGGAUGGGAGAGAGAAAUCAAUUUUAUCCAUCAGAGCCAGUGAGAUAAAAUUGUCUAUUAAGAUAAAAGAAAAAAAAAUAAAGACUAUUACUAUACAGAGAAUGUUGAUCCAGAUCACUUAGAAAAAGUCUGAAACCAGCUUAAGAACAGGGAUAAAGUCAAGCCCAUUGUAAGUAUCAUUGAAAACCAAAAUGUGCCAGUCAGCAUGUCAUAGAAAAUGACCAAAGGGCAAAAAGAGAUUGAUCAGAGUUUUGUUGGUCUUCAUGGGUUCAUAGCCUCUGUCUCUAAACAAAAUAUGGAAACAAGUAGAGCUUUUUUCUUUUUCUUUUUCUUUUUUUUUUCUUUUCUUUUCUUUUUUUUUUUUUUUUUUUUUUUGCUUCCCUACCCCUCCUCCCCCAAAUAGAAAGGAGAUUUCUUGGUCCGUUUCUGACAAUCUGUUGUUUAUUAGGAUAGUUGUGUCUUUUGUUUGCUUUCUAGUAGGCAUAGUACAUUUAGUUAAAGAGUACAUCUGUAUGCUACUACUUGAUUAAAACCUUUUUUUUCUAGCCAUUUUCUUUUUUUUUUCUUUUUACCACUGUUUCAGUUUCUGCAUGUAGAAUUAAAUAAGAAACAAAAUUUGUAAAGUUGUAACAUUUCACAUGGAAAUGCUGCCCGAUCUUCACCAGCUUCAAAAAUCUGACCUUUGCCGAUGCUGCAAUAAAGUGUUGUAAUUUAGA